UGUCAGUAGGAGUGGAUCUGUGAUGAAUUUUUGGAGGCUUGGUUAGAGGGGAAAACACAGAACAAUGAAAGAAAGACAAGAAGAAAGAAAAAAGACAAAAGAAAACUGAUCUCUUAUAAGGUGAGUGAAGAGGAGAUGCUGUAAUCUGCUAACCUAAUUAAACUUGAACUUUGGACUCAAGGCAUGUCAAAGUAACUUUACCUGCCAAACUAUAUCUUAGAUAACGACACAUACAACUGAGUUAGAAAAAUAAAUAUCACAAAUGAUCUUAUAGUAACCAUAACUAAAGAAGCACAUACAGAGAACUCUUUUCUCAUGGAAUCAACUCACCCCAAAUCAUCUCUUCUUGACCAGAAUAAUGAACUCUACUCAAAUGUGUUCACAGAAAUUCCACCUCAACCUAAAAUUGCAAAACCAGGUCAUUUAACAGAAGAGCAAAUAAAGAAAUUCUUCGAUGAGGGUUUUCUUAUUGUGAAUGAUAUUUUCACACCUGAAGAACUUCAACCAUGUUGUAAUGACAUUGAAAUCCUAGUUGACAAUCUGGCACAGAAACUGUAUGAAGCAGGGAAAAUUAAUGACCUUCAUGAAGACUGUGGAUUAUUUCAAAGAUUGACAGAGAUAGACAAGGAAUUUUCGGGAGCAUCUAUUCUUAUCUUCAAAUCUCAGAAGUUGACCAAGAGUUUCCAAAACCUUUGGUCCAAUGAAAGAUUACUGAAUAUUGCUGAACAGAUUUUGGGACCAGAAGUUUCUGGUCACCCAGUUUGGAACCUUCGUCCUAAAAUUCCAAAUUCUAAAAUUGUACAAGUUCCAUGGCACCAAGAUAGCGCCUAUUUUGAUCCUGAUUCUUAUGAUCAUAUGAUACUGACUGCAUGGAUCCCAUUCUUGAAUACCAAUGCUAGAAAUGGAGGCAUGCAAAUGGCUCGCUAUGGUCAUCGCACUGGAAAGGUUGCUCACCAUACUUGCAGCCCUGGAGAUACAUGGUAUGUCGAUCUGGCUGAAGAAGAAAUGCAAAAAACAUUAGGUGUUGAUUUAGAGAGAGAUAUUAUAACUUGCCAUGUUCCUUAUGGUGGAAUGCUCCUAUUUCAAAAUAUCACACCACAUCGAAGUUUGUUAAAUAUUUCAAAUGAUGUGCGUUGGAGUGUUGAUUUACGGUGGCAAUCUCCAAAGGAAAAAUGGGGAUUUUAUAAUCUCCAAGAAGGAAUACUAAUGAGAUCAGAAAAACAGCCAGAUUUAGAACCAGACUGGGAAAAGUUUCUUUCAACUGACCGUAAAACUGAGUGGCAAAAACGUUAUUCUAAGAAGGAUGAGAACACUGAUGAUGAAUUUAACACCUGUGUAUCAGGCCCAUGGUUUAAUCGAUGGGAGAUAGUUCACCGCAACAGACACAUCGAGAGCUUCCGGUUUGAUAAUGAAGAAGCUAACUAACAUUUGAAACCAUCAAUACAUUUAAAAAUCAAGUAGUUAAUGUUUUCUCUCUGUCACUAGACCAAGUUGCUGACAACAUUACAGUUUAAGAUAAAAUGGUACAUCUGAAUUAUUGUUAAUGUUGUGCUUAAUUGAAAUAAAACCAGUUUAAUGUUUUAAAUUAUAUUAAGAAAUGUAAAGCUUUAAUCUUUUUUUUAAAAUUUGGAUACUAAUGCACUUCUAUAGAGGUCAUAAAUUUUUGUGAAACAUUAAAUGCAUCUUUAAAAAUAAAUGCUAAGAAAAGAACUGAAAUAUGUUUAACACGAUGAACAUACAAAAUUUCAAAAAUACUUUCUUUUUUAUUUUUCUAUUAUUUUUGUUUUAUUUUAGAGAUUUUGUUAGAUAUCUCAAAAAAUAUCCCAAUUUCCAAUAAUGUUCCUAUUUUCCACCAUAAUAUCAAGGUUCUAAUCAUGACUUCGAUAAAAUUUUCUUUCCAUUAACUGUUUGAAGAUGAAGCCUACUAAUAUAGAAAAAUAUAGAGUUAUUUAAAAUUACGUAAAAUAAGAUAUAUAUGCAUCUCGACAGAUUAAUUCUUUCAUGUUUCUAACACAAAAAGGCAAGUCAAUUUAAAAGCCAUUGUGCAUUAGAAAUUUUGCUGAAUGUAAAGUAAAUCCUACAGAUGGAGGAUUCUAACUACUAAUACCUCACAUUUAGACAAUUUUACAACAAUGCAUUUCAUUUUAUGUUUUCCUUUGUGAUUCGAAAUUAAUUUGUAUGUAACAGUUUUGAAGCAAUCAAACAAGUUUUAAAUUCAGUACAAAUAAUAACAAUAAAAAGCCAUUGACAAAUACAAAUUGAAUUUAUUGUAGAAAAAAAAGUGAGCAAAUAUGUGAGUGAGUCAUCAAUCAUCUCCAAAUAUUAUUGAGAUGUUUUAAUGUAGGAAAUCACAGCAACUGUUCAUAUAUUCUUUUUUUCAUUUUUAUUUAUUUUUUUUUUACAAAAGUCAACAAUUAAUUAACUUCUGUGGAAUAUUGAAACAGAAUGUCAAAAUUUAAAAAUAUAUUUAUACAGAAAAAUUUCAUUAAAUAAUAUAAAUUACUUUGUCUUUUUUAAUGAAUAUAACUCAUAGAAAAACUUUACUUUUGAAUUUUCCUUAAUCACCAAUAGU